CCUCCUCGAUUGGUCAGUUCUGUUCUUGAGCGCACUGCCACCACAGAUUGGACGGCUUGUCUGCUCUCCGUUCCCGGAGUGGCGUCGUGCUCACUCUGCUGGGUUGCUUUGCCUUAUAGUCUUGCUCUGCGGUUUGAUUUGCUUCAUCUUUUUUUUUCUUCAAUCUUGUCACUCCUAAGGUUUCCCCCCUCUGGUUUUCUUGAUUCCCCGCUUGGGAAUUUGUGAAGUUUAACAGGAUUUUUUUGGCUGAGUUCGCAUGUUUCUGUUCUUGGCCAUGCCCAUGCUAUGCUUGCUUGGAUAAGCUUUGGCUUCAGCCUAGCUCGCAUUGCACGAUGCGUUGUUCCUACUUCCUAGAAUCCGAUCGCAAGUCCUAUGAGCUGACCACUAUUUCGUGGAUUGCCCGGGGCGUGGGCUGCUGAUGGUUUCGGCAAUUUGGGUUAAUUUUUAGGUACCAGAUCAUCUGAUUUCUCAGAAGCAAAAUGUUGUUUGGAGCUCAGUGACACCAUCUUGUAAUGCCUGUGAUUUUACGGGAAAUGGAGGAUCAUUCUGUCCAUCCCAUGUCUAAGUCUAACCAUGGCUCCUUGUCAGGAAAUGGUUAUGAGAUGAAACAUUCAGGCCAUAAAGUUUGCGAUAGGGAUUCAUCAUCGGAGUCUGAUCGGUCUCACCAAGAAGCAUCAGCAGCAAGUGAAAGCAGUCCAAAUGAACACACAUCAACUCAAUCAGACAAUGAUGAAGAUCAUGGGAAAGAUAAUCAGGACACAAUGAAGCCAGUAUUGUCCUUGGGGAAGGAAGGCUCUGCCUUUUUGGCCCCAAAAUUACAUUACAGCCCAUCUUUUGCUUGUAUUCCUUAUACUUCUGAUGCUUAUUAUAGUGCGGUUGGGGUCUUGACAGGAUAUCCUCCACAUGCCAUUGUAUGUUCACUCUUAAUUUUUCAGUUUCUGUCUUCCUGGCCACAUUCUGUCCAUCCCCAGCAAAAUGAUACAACGAACACUCCGGGUAUGUUACCUGUGGAACCUGCAGAAGAACCAAUAUAUGUUAAUGCAAAACAAUACCAUGCAAUCCUUAGGAGGAGGCAAACACGUGCUAAAUUGGAGGCCCAGAACAAGAUGGUGAAAAAUCGGAAGCCAUAUCUUCAUGAGUCCCGACAUCGUCAUGCCAUGAAACGGGCUCGUGGAUCAGGAGGACGGUUCCUCAACACAAAGCAGCUCCAGGAGCAGAACCAGCAGUAUCAGGCAUCGAGUGGUUCAUUGUGCUCAAAGAUCAUUGCCAACAGCAUAAUCUCCCAAAGUGGCCCCACCUGCACGCCCUCUUCUGGCACUGCAGGUGCUUCAACAGCCGGCCAGGACCGCAGCUGCUUGCCCUCAGUUGGCUUCCGCCCCACGACAAACUUCAGUGACCAAGGUCGAGGAGGCUUGAAGCUGGCCGUGAUCGGCAUGCAGCAGCGUGUUUCCACCAUAAGGUGAAGAGAAGUGGGCACAACACCAUUCCCAGGCACACUGCCUGUGGCAACUCAUCCUUGGCUCUUGGAACUUUGAAUAUGCAAUCGACAUGUAGCUUGAGAUCCUCAGAAUAAACCAAACCUUCAGUUAUAUGCAAGCCUUUUUUGAGGUUGCUGUUGCUGUACCUGAGAACUGUGGUUAGGUUAUGAGUUUGUUCCUCAAAACUGACCCAUACAUGACAUGCUACCUUGUGCUGAGUUUCUGAGACAAAGCCAUCGAAACAUGAUCUUGUGGUUCAGUACUUUGCUGCCAUUAGUGUCUGAUAAACUAGCUCCCCAGUUUGCAGUUUCUCUGAA